AUGGCCGAACGCAUAUUGAUGAACGAGUACAAGUCCUUGGUUAAGGAGAAAUGGCUAAACAUCGAGUUAAACGACGACGACAUCUUCAACUGGAACAUCGCCCUGAUCGUCCUGAACCCAGACUCACUUUACCACGGCGGCUACUUCAAAGGGAAAAUCACUUUUCCUCAAAACUACCCAUAUUCACCUCCACAAUUCAGAUUCACUCCUUCUCUCUGGCACCCAAAUAUUUACGACAACGGCUACGUAUGCAUCUCCAUCCUACACAAGCCCGGCGAGGAUGAAAUGUCUGGAGAACUCGCCUCUGAACGCUGGUCACCCGCCCAACGUGUUGAAUCCGUCCUGAUUUCAAUCAUAUCCCUCCUCGAUGACGCAGAAGUGAGCUCGCCCGCCAACGUCGAGGCCGGUGUACAGCUCCGUAGUAACCCGGGGGCUUACAAGAAGCGAGUCAAGGCCGAAGUUGAGAGAUCGAUCAAGGAUAUCCCAGAGGGAUUCGAAAUGCCUACUUCCCACGAAGCUACUAUUGCACCACCUGCGAAGCCAGUCGAGAGAGAUGAGGACUUUUGGGUUGAUAGUGGGGAUGAGGAUUCCUUCGAGGAGAUGUUUGGUGGGAGCGACUCGGAGGGCGAGCUUGACGACCAGGAUACUGGAAGCGAGCCAGAGGCUGGCUCACCAUUGUGA